UAUACAGUAUACAGAUCGUAAAUAAAAAAUUAAAAAAUGUAUAAAAUAUAACACUACCCUACACAAAACUGUAUUAAAAACAAUUAAAUUCAAUAGUCACGAAGAAAGUGAAUAAAUGGCGUUUAUGAGUGGCCUCUGGAAUUCAAUCGUUGGUGGCAACGAGAAAGAAAUUAAUUGGAACGAAUUCUCUACAUUGUAUUUAGACAAUCGUCUAAAAUAUUUCUCUGUGUCUGAAAUUGAUAAAGAGGCAUCGCCUAUAGUUUACGCUGAAGCUCAUAAAAUAACCUUCAAUAAAACCGGCUUAGGUCUUAGUUACACGCCAUUGAACUUCGUCACUAUAUUCCACAUCGAUACUAGAAAAGCGGAGAUCAGAAUGCCGAGCGGGCACGUGGAUCAGCCUGUGAUAGAGGACAACCGAGAUGGAACUGUCAGCAUCAAGUACGACCCCCGCGAGGAGGGUGUACACGAGCUCUACGUCAAAUAUAACGGAGAACAUGUACAAGGUUCUCCUUACAAGUUCCACGUGGACUCCAUCCCGUCGGGCUACGUGACGGCGUACGGGCCGGGUCUAGUGAGCGGCGUCAGUGGUGAACCUAGCCUGUUCACCAUCAGCACCAAGGGAGCUGGCUCCGGAGGGCUGUCUAUGGCAGUGGAGGGACCUAGCAAAGCUGAGAUAACCUGCCAUGACAACAAGGACGGUACGGUGGCGGUGUCGUACCUGCCCACCGCGCCCGGCGAGUACAAGGUCUCUGUGAGGUUCGGUGACAAGCAUAUCAAAGGAUCGCCCUUCACUGCUAAGGUGACGGGCGAGGGCCGCAAGAGGAACCAGAUCUCCGUAGGCAGCUGCAGCGAGGUGACGCUGCCCGGCAAGAUCAGCGACAACGACAUCCGCAGCCUCAACGCUUCUAUACAGGCGCCGUCAGGUCUGGAGGAGCCUUGUUUCCUGAAGCGGCUGCCGUCGGGCAACAUCGGCAUCAGCUUCACUCCGCGCGAGGCCGGCCAGCACGUGGUGUCAGUGAAGAAGCUGGGCGUGCACAUACAGAACUCGCCCUUCAACAUCACCGUGCUGGACCAGGAAGUCGGUGAUGCUAAGAAAGUCAAGGUGUCGGGCACAGCGCUGAAGGAGGGCAAGACGCACAGCGAGAACACGUUCAGCGUCGACACGAGGAACGCCGGCUACGGAGGACUCUCGCUCUCCAUUGAAGGUCCCAGCAAGGCGGAGAUCCAGUGCGCGGACAGCAAGGACGGCGUGCUCGCCAUCAGCUACAAGCCCACGGAGCCCGGCUACUACAUCGUCAACCUCAAGUUCGCUGACCACCAUGUUGAGGGCUCUCCUUUCACUGUUAAGGUGGGCGGAGAGGGCAGCAACAGACAGCGCGAGAAGAUCCAGCGCCAGCGAGACCCCGCGCCGCUCACAGAGGUCGGCACUAACUGCAAACUCACAUUCAAAAUGCCCGGUAUAACGUCGUUCGACCUAGCGGCGACGGUGACGAGCCCGGGCGGGGUGUCGGAGGACGCGGAGAUCCAGGAGGUGGAGGACGGCCUGUACUCCGUACACUUCGUGCCCAAGGAACUGGGUGUCCACACUGUCUCCGUCAAGUACAGGGAAAUACAUAUUCCUGGAUCUCCGUUCCAGUUCACGGUGGGCCCGCUGCGCGACUCGGGCGCGCACCUGGUGAAGGCGGGCGGCGCGGGGCUGGAGCGCGGCGAGGCGGGCCGCCUCAACGAGUUCAACGUGUGGACGCGCGAGGCCGGCGCGGGCCAGCUCGCCAUCUCGCUGGAGGGGCCCAGCAAGGCCGACAUCGACUUCAAAGACAGGAAGGAUGGCUCCUGCGAUGUCUCCUACAAGGUCGACGAACCUGGUGAAUACCGCAUUGGUUUGAAGUUCAACGAGCAGCAUAUCCCGGAUUCUCCGUUCAAGGUGUACAUCUCUCCUGCUGUGGGCGAUGCGCAUCUUCUAGAAGUCGCUCAGUUCCCGGACUCCGCGCAAGUCGACAAGCCAACUCAAUUCUAUAUCAGACUGAACGGUGCUAAAGGCAGUCUUGAUGGCAGGGUGAUCUCCCCAUCCGGAAAGACGGAUGACUGCUUCAUUCAGAACAUCGACGGCGACCAGUACUCCAUCAGGUUCAUGCCGCGGGAGAAUGGUGUGCAUAACAUCAACGUCAAGUUCAACGGUGUACAUAUCCCCGCCUCACCGCUCAGGAUCAAGGUCGGAAAGGACGAUGCGGACCCCGCAGCAGUGCAUGCACAUGGUCCCGGUCUAGGAGCUGUUAAAACUGGAGCGAAGACGGACCUGAUCAUCGACACGUGCAAUGCGGGCGCGGGCAUCCUCGCCGUCACCAUGGACGGGCCUUCGCGCGUCGCCAUGGACUGCACUGAUGUUGAAGAAGGAUACAAGGUGCGCUACACGCCCUUGUCUCCCGGCUUCUACUACAUGAGCAUCAAGUACAAUGGCCACCACAUCGUCGGCUCGCCCUUCAAGGUUGAAGCCACUGGUGAGAACUUAGCGGAGAUCGGUGCCCAGGAGACGUCGUCAGUGACAGUGGAGACAGUGCAGAAGGUGUCGAAGGCGGCGCAGAAGCAGGGGCCGGUGUUGCCGCACUUCAAGUCCGACGCCACCAAAGUGACCAGCAAGGGCAUGGGCCUCAAGAAAGCGUACCUCAACAAACACAAUCAGUUCACCGUACACGCCGGAGAUGCUGGUAAUAACAUCCUGUAUGUGGGUAUCUACGGGCCCAAGGGUCCGUGCGACGAGGUCCAGCUGAAGCACAAGGGCAAGAACAACUACGAGUGCUGGUACGUGGUGCGCGACCGGGGGGAGUACAUCGUCAUCGUCAAGUGGGGGGAGGAGCACAUCCCCGGCUCCCCCUACAAGGUCGAAGUCUAAAACUAAAAAACGGACGGCAUGGGUGCUAGAAAGAUAUUUUUCAAUUCAACAUUUUUUGAGAUUUUUUGGUUUUUGAUUUUUUUUUUUUGGAAAUCAAGUGAUCUAGGUAAAAAUUUAGGUUUUCUCCAAAAAUAAAAAUAAAAAACCUUUUUUCCCUAUCACUAAAUGAAUUUUUACUGCACGCAUGCUGUCUAUUUAUCAAAAAAGAAGUAUUUUUCAGUGUCUUACAUAUAUAAAUUGUGUUGUCGUUUUUUUCUGUAUUUUGAUAUAAUAAAUUGUAAUCAAUAUUAUAAUUUAAGCAUGCUGUCAACUUAAGUACAUUAUAGUUUGUCAAAUGUAAGUUAAAUAUAAGUAUACUUAUCGAAAUUUAAUAGAUUUAAAAAAGUCGCGGUUUCUAUGUAUUUUUUUCUAAUUUUUCCACUGUCGACACACCCUUAGAAAAUAUUGUUGUCCCUUUUUUCUCACAGGAUAAGAGAGAUAACAGUAUGUUAGUGCCGAGUAUAAAAUGAUUGUAAAAGUGGGGUAAUACUGGGAAAGGAAACUGUACUAACGUAGAUAAAUCACGGGAAUAUUGUGCGGUGCUUAUGGUUUUGUUCGGUUCUAGUAUGUUUCUAGUCAUGUUUUAAGAAAACGUAGCAUCGUAAACGUAUAAAAUAAUAAAAAAAAUCUUACUAUUUUUUUUUUCAAAAAUCAAUCUAAAAGUCUAAAUUGUCAUGACGCGAAAGUACUUGGAAGUCAUGUAAUAAUAUUUUUAUAAAAAUUUUUUAUUAUUAUUUGAACAACUUUAAAAAAUAACUUAUAAAAUUACUUUUUUAAUAACAUCGGAAUUGAUCUCUCGAUACCGAAUAUUUUUUUAAUUUAAUCUUUUGUGAUUUGUGCUUCUUUGUUUUUUUUUUGUUUCUUUAUGUGUCUUUUGUCUUCUUUCAGUGUUGUGACGUCUUUAGUAUAUAGUUUUAACAUUUUUGCAUAUUUAUCAAAUUUUAUAUGAUUCUCGUUUAGUAUUUAGGGCGACUAAAUGACAAUACAUAUAAAUUUUAACUGAAAAUUAUUAUUCCCCAUUAUUUUUAAGCAAAAAGAUACAUCCUGUACUUCUAGGAAUGUCCAAAUUCUAUUUAUUUUAUUAUCAUUUCUUUGACGAUUUUUUAUGAAAAAAACCGUUUUGUAAGAAAAUACGAAUUAGAUCAUUUCUUGAAUCGAGGCUUGACAAUUGUUACAUUUUUUAAUUUUCAUUCAUUAAUAUUUUAUUAACUCACUGUGAAAAAUCUAAUAUUUGUCUAUAGCCAUACUUUACAGGGUGUAUCUUUUUCAUAUUUUGUUAAGAGUAAAAUUAAAUUUGCUUUCUAAUUUUUGGAUGGUUUGUAUGGUUUUCCUGCGUAGGUAAAACGACCCCGUAUUAUUUGUAAAUACCUAUUUUAAGUAUUUAUUAUAUU